GGCAGUGGCCUUCUGACCUCAGCCACACCCAGCCAUGCUCAGCAGUUGUGUCUGAUGAUUUUUUUCCCCCUUCUCUUUCUGUAUAUCCCAAGCUCAGCCUCUGCCUCCCUCUUGCCUCCCUGGGUGCUCAUGGCCUUGGCAGGGGUAUUUCACCCUUGCCUUCCUUGGGAGUGUACUCUGAGGAUUAUUGCUUUAGGAACAGCUGUUUUGGGAAGAUGGGGAAGGGGGCAACAGGUUUUCUUCUUGCUACAUCAGAAGGAAAAUAAAGAAGGCAGCACCCCAUUUCCUUCCCACUUGCAUGUAACUCAGAGCGCUCCAGAUAGGGAAGGACAUGGAGCUGUUGGAGCGAGUCCAGAGGAAGGCACCAAGAUGAUCAGAGAGAUGGAGCAGCUCUGCUGUGAGGAAAGGCUGAGAGAAUUGGGGGUGUUCAGCCUGGAGAAGAGAAGCUUCAGGGUGACGUAAUUGAGGCCUUCCAGUGCCUGAAGGAGCUGACAGGAAAGAUGGAGAGAGACUGUUUACAAGGGAUGGAGUGACAGGACAAGGGGUAGAGCCGUGCACCUGCAGCUGGGGCAGCCAUGGAGAAGAGUGGGAACAUUCAGCUGGAGAUUCCUAACUUCAGUAACUCUGUUCUGAGCCACCUGAACCAGCUGCGCAUGCAGGGUCGGCUGUGUGACAUCGUGGUCAACGUGCAGGGCCAGGCUUUCCGUGCGCACAAGGUGGUGCUGGCUGCCAGCUCGCCCUACUUCCGUGACCACAUGUCCCUGAACGAGAUGAGCACCGUGUCCAUCUCCGUCAUCAAGAACCCUUCCGUUUUCGAGCAGCUCCUCUCCUUCUGCUACACUGGAAGGAUAUGUCUGCAGCUGGCUGACAUCAUCAGUUACCUGACAGCCGCCAGUUUCUUGCAGAUGCAGCACAUCAUAGACAAAUGCACGCAGAUCCUCGAGGGGAUUCAUUUCAAAAUUAACGUGGCGGAGGUGGAAGCGGAAUUGAGCCAGACCAGGACGAAGCAUCAGGAGAGACCACCCGAGUCUCACCGGGCCACCCCAAAUCUAAACCGUUCCCUGAGCCCGCGUCACAACACGCCCAAGGGGAGCCGCCUGGGCCAGGUUAGCACGGUGCUGGACAUUCGGGAGCUGAGCCCACCCGAGGAGUCCACCAGCCCCCAGAUAAUCGAGCAGAGUUCAGAUGUGGAAGGCAGGGAGCCCAUCCUGCGGAUUAACAGAGCGGGACAGUGGUACGUGGAGACGGGAAUGGGAGAGCGCGGGGCGCAGAACGACGAGGAAGUGCGGGUGCUGGGAGGAGUGCGCAUUAAGACGGAAAACCUGGAGGAGUGGCUGGGGGCAGAGCACCAGCCCUCGGGAGAAGAUGGGAGCAGCGCCGAGGAGGUCACGGCCAUGGUGAUCGACACCACGGGCCACGGAUCGCUGGGCCAGGAGGCUUUUGCCUUAGGCUCCUCUGGAGCCAAAGUGGUCAGGCCGACCAGCAGUGAGAUCGACAGAUUUAGCCCUUCUGGCAGCAUGGGUGCUGUGACUGAGCGGUACAGAUCAAAAAGCGAGUCUCCUGGGCGGAUGGAUGAGCCUAAGCAGCCCAGUUCCCAGGGGGAGGAAUCAGCCAUGCUCGGAGUGAGCGGUUACGUGGAAUAUCUGCGGGAGCAGGAGGUUUCAGAGCGCUGGUUCCGGUACAACCCACGGCUCACGUGUAUUUACUGCGCCAAAUCCUUCAACCAGAAGGGCAGCCUGGACCGGCACAUGCGUCUCCACAUGGGCAUCACGCCUUUCGUCUGCCGCAUGUGCGGGAAGAAGUACACCCGCAAGGAUCAGCUGGAGUAUCACAUCCGCAAGCACACGGGCAACAAGCCUUUCCACUGCCAUGUGUGCGGCAAAAGCUUCCCUUUCCAGGCCAUCCUCAACCAGCACUUUCGCAAGAACCACCCCGGCUGUUUGCCCCUGGAGGGGCCCCACAGCAUCUCCCCUGAGACCACGGUCACGUCCCGGGGGCAGGCAGAGGAGGAAUCCCCUCCGCAGGAAGAGGCCGUGGCGGUGGGGGAGACGGCGCAGGGAUCCGUGUCCACGACCGGGCCCGAUUGAACGGCGGCUGUGGAGUCCCAGGAGAAAGGACCGUCUUCCCGUUCCUGGCUCUAAAGAGUCAGCACCGACCCGGCAGGCUGGUACUGUAAUUAGUGCAAUGCCACCACCAAACAGAAGGAAGCUCCCAAGAUGUUGCCAAAAUAGAAAAAUCUCUCUCUUUCUCUCUCUUCCUCUCACGCGCCCACACACGCCCAUAGAGUGUUAAAUGUUUUUCUCCCUUAUUCCUCCUCCUCUUGGAGAAAAGCAGAACAACUGUGUCAAUCAACUUCUUAUUCAGGGAUCGACAGAAUUUUAAAUUUUUUUACUGUUCUGUAGUGAUCUGGGACAAGCAGUCAUUUGUAUUUCUGGACAGCGCUGUGGCCCAGCAGGGCGUCCCGCCGGCGGUGCCAGGUUCAGCCACAGAGCCAUAUCCACUGCUCCCACUCGAGGGGAGAGCAGGGGCAAGGGGCCGUCGCCUUCCUCCCUUCCCCAGGUAGUUGCCACCUCAGAGAAAACAAAAAUACUGUCCUGGUGGAAUCUGCCUUGCCCGAGUGUGUUUAUCCCUCUCUUAUUUUUGGUGUGUCUUUUACAUUUUUAUUUAAACUAUCGUUUUAGGGCUUUGGGCUUGCCUGGUCCAGGCAUGCGGCCCUGGUGCCCCUUGUUAAAGCGGGCACAGCUACAAAGUGGUAUUCCAGAGGUCAGCAAAAUGUGAAGGAAGCACUUCAGUUACUGAGAGUGGAAUUUAGCAGCUGCGAGGUUUGCAUGAGGCUCUGAUGCAUUGGGAGAAGGGCUGGAGGGGUCUUCCAGGGGAGGUUGUCCUCUGCUGGUGCUGAUCUGGAGAGCUCAGAGCACUCUGAGGUCCUGGCUGGAGCGCUGCUGUGCUUCAGGUGUUGCCAAGGAUUAGGAAGAGAUUUUCUGGAGUUGCUGAAUUGCGGAGAUAGAGGCUGGCUACCAAAGUCCUCUUUCACCCCUGCUUCCCCCUCGACACGCACUUGAUCUUUUAGAACAGCAAUACGGGAUAUGGGAAUACUGCAAUGCUGUUGUCACAGCCGAGCAAUCGCAGGUGGUUGCUUUUAAACCUGUUUCUACAAACUAGUUUGAUAACUUUUUUAUCAAUGAAAUGCAAAAAGAAAAGAGAACCUUACUCUAUUUCCUUAUAACAGUUCAGGAGACUUAAAAGUGAACGGUUCCUAGAGCAAUCACGACUCUGUCCCCUUGCAUGGACUUAACAUUUUUGUAUUCUGAGUAGCUCUGAUGUUUAGAGCAAGUUUAGCAAACCUGGAGAGAGAUGCCUGCGUGUGUAUUGUAGGUGUUUGCACGGGCUUACGUGGUUCAGAACCAGAAAAGCAUGGGACAGGCAGAUAAGUGCAAAUAUCUUGACAUCUUUUUUUAAAAAAAAUAUGCAAUAUUUUAAGAGUUUUCUCUAGUUCUGAUGCCAAGUUGUUCACGGUAAAGGGGGGAAUGAACGACAGGUUGCGUGUAUCUGGUUUGGUGAAGGAGUUCUCUUGAGGAUGUAUAAUGUGUAUAUGAUAAGGAAGGUGAAGUUCUGAACCUUAAGGUGAUGGGAGGAACAAGGAGACAUUGGAAAACGAAUACACUUCAUCUUGCUUCAGCAAUAAAGCUGGAUGAGUGGUUAGAGCAGGGGCUUAGCAGGCUGACCAAGUGACAGUAGAGCUUGACCUGCUGUCUGACUGCAGUUUUGGGCACACAGAAACAGGUCCAGCCCUUGCUUUCCCCAUCUGCAAAUUUGUACUGGGGAUCAUUUUCCUGCCCCGUUGGAGGGAAUGAUUUGGAGAAGGCUGAUGUGUUCUUGCCUUGCUUUAUAGAUUUUUUUAAUAUGUGAGGGGGUCUCACUGUUCCUCCUAUCUCUCUCAAAAAGAGACGUGGCUCUAAUGUGUUUCUGUGUGUGGGAAAGGGCUCGGUGCCAGUAUCACGUAUAACAGGGAUGUGAUCCUACAAGAGGAACCUUUGCAGGUGUUCUGAGCUGGGCACUGGCAAAGUACCAUUUCAUUGACCAUUUCAAACAGGAAAACUGAUAUUUCACCUCUGUUUUCCUUCUGUGCCUUCUUCCUCCUCUCCUGUCAAGGGCAUCCGUCACACAGGGGGUGAUUUGGCUACCCAAACAACCAGCUCCGUCAGGUUUCCUGGCAAAGGUCAAACGUCACGGUACCAAAACAGUGAGGUUGCCAGAGAGCAGUGGCAGAGGAUGAGGUGAGAGGGUGGCCAAGGUAGGUUUCGUUGCAAUCAAGGUGCAGGGAGGAGUGGAGAUGUGCUGCUUUAGUCAUAGCUUUUGAAGUUACCAAAAAUGAAAAAAAAAAAAAAAAAAAAGUUAAAAACUUUGAAAUCCUAUCCUGUUCACACUAGAGAGCAUAAAAAGUUACUUUUAGUUGCUUAAAAGAUUUUUAAGUGUUUUAAAAUAGAAAUUUUAAAAGAAUACUACCAAACUAUAAAAACAUAAAAUUAUUUAUAUACAUAUAUUAUAUAAAAAUAUAGUGGGAAAGUUUCCCUGCUGAGCUUGCUGUGAAGCGAAGGGUGAAGGUGCAGUAACUGCUACACAAGCAACAUUUUUCUGAGACAGAUGGCAACCGUAGUGGAGAAGGGCUGACAUAAAAUGGUGAAUGCCUUUGUUCCCAUGGCAUAGCUGUGAGUUUCUUGAGCAGGUUUUUAUUUUACUGUAUCAAUACUGUGAACAGAGGAGCAUCCAAACAGUACAGGAGGCCAGCAGCGCGUCCUGUUUGCUGAUUCAUUACUUCAAGUGGCCUGGUGAAAACCAUGAAAUUUGUCCUUCAUACCUUACUAGGCUGAAAACAAAGCUUGUGAAAGUUUUCUUUUUCUUCCUCCUUUGUGUUUGCUUUUCUUUUUGUUUUUGGGUUUGGUUUUUUUUUCUGUUUUGCAGAGGUUGCCACUGUAUAAUGAUCAUUUCUGAUUGCAUGCAAAAGAGCCAAUAUUCUUGCCCAGGCCUCGCUGAGGUGAAGUUUAUAGCUUGUAGCUAGAGUCAGUAUAAGGUAUGGUAGUGGGAAUCAUUUUGAUAUUAUUUCUGUACAUUUAAUGGAUGUGUAUGUAUGUGUGGGAAUCAUGAUGUCUAGUAUUUCUUGAACAGUGCUGAAACCAGUUUAGGCCCCAUCCGCACUAGACAGCAGAACCAGUUGAGAAGGAAUCGUUAUUAAACAUUUCUCUCAGUGGUUGACUUCCUGAGUGCAGAUGAGACCAAGGUUCAAGAAAAAAAGGGGUUGGAGGUUGUAUACGGUAUGGAAAAACCUCAUGUGAAUUUUCUAGCAGUGGUGUAGCUACUUAGAGGUGCUUUCCCUAACAGAAUGAUGCUGUGUCCUGUUGCCUCUGCGUUGGUGUGGCUCUUCACAGUUGCACCAAAGCUGUGGAGAAUCAGAUGCCAGCUUUCCAAGCACGAAUGCUUCUGUGAUGGGUUGAGGCACAGCUUGCAUUCCCAUGUCUAGCUGCAACUUUUUCUUCCAAAACUGUGAUUUUAACUGUGAUUUAAGGAGGAUGUGAAGAGAACUCUUGUGUUUUAAUACCUCUGUAUGUAACAUUUCUGUCUGCUUUAGAGUUAGAGCUUACUAACCCGUUCGUUUUCUUGCCUCAGGCAUCAAGGAGAACACACUCUGGUUUUACAGUUUGUUUUCUUGGAGGUGGACAUAGUUCUUUACUGUCAAAGAACUCACCUCCCAAAUGUGAAGAGUUGUGGUUAUCUCCUUAAGCCUGCAGCAAGUCCUGGUGCCAAGUGUCAGCCAAGUGACAUGGUGGUUGCCACUGCUGUUCCCUGCUGCUGCCAGGUUCCCUGUGAAUAGCUGUGAAAAUGGCAAGAAUUGUGUUAAUACUGUGUUGCUGCUUUGGAGAAAAGCUAAACUUCUUCGUCUCAGGUGAUGUGAAGCUGGGAAAAGGAGAAGGCCAAAAUACAAUGAGAGGAUGUGAAAACAAACUGCUCUGUAUUUCCAGCAGCUAGAGAGGGAUGAAUGAGAGGCUUUAUGGAAUGUGAAUUUGUUACAGGAGGCUGAGAACAUGCUUAGAGCUAACUUAGUAAGAUCCAGGGAUAGCCUGGUGAGAGCCAGAGCAGCCAGUGCAAAUGGGCAGUCCCUCCUUGUCCUCUCAGCAUUAUCCACCAUCAGGUUCAGUCCUUGGGCUUUCCUGCAUCUUCCCUACAAUAUUCUCAAGCUGUGAUCUGUGUAAUUUAACUUUCGUUUGGGUGCUGGGAACAACAGAAAGCAUGUUGUGUCUCUGCUGCUGUUUUAAACCCAGAGGGGUCGGCAGUGACUGACCCCGUUCCCAUCUGACAGCUAUCCAGACCUGGAAUAGCAUUGGCAACAAGCUGUAGCCCUUCUAAAAAGCAUUGUGGGGCUGGCUCAGUGCAGAGGGCACAGAGACAGGAUUUCAGCCCUCUGUGAGCUCAAGAUUGAGAUACAUGGACAGGGCAGCUCUCCCUGCUUGUCCUGCUCUCAUUUUGUGACAGCUCCGUGGCUGUUUCCAUCCCACACCUCUGCAAUAGGAAUAAGGAAUGUCACUUAACUGUGAGAUGCCCAUUUCAGGAAGUGAUUCCAAACGGUCUUGUUUUGGAGUAAAGUCCUUGGCACUUUUGGGUGAUUCAGCCCUAACAAGGCCUUUGCCAGAGAAGAGUAGUAGCUUUUAUUUGCAGCUGACUUUGUCUUUCCUGCACAAUCCAAUGUGUAAAUAGGAAGACAGCUGCAAAGGUGCCAUUGAUUUGGAAGGUGGAAGGUGACUUGGGAAGUAGAUAGGAUCGUGCAUCUUGAAAACCAACAAAAACCAGCACUUAUAAUCAUUUAAACUUUACCAAACUCUCCUCUUUGAUCCAUGACAUGCUUGCCAAUUUAGCCGUGCCAGCAACCAAAUGUUUCUGCAGAUUAGUGACAUCAAAUGCUGUUUGGGCUCUGCUGGAAAUAUUUUGGGGAUGGGAAAAGUCCCUGCUCAUGGCAGGAUGGUUGGACUAGAUGACCUCUAAAGGUCCCUUCCAACCCAUACUCUUCUGUAAGUCAAGAAGCUGUAACUCAAGGAGACUUUUUGCCAAGGUCUGGGCUCUGAGUUUUCACUGGGAGCUGAGCCUGUGGCCAGGACUGCAGUUGGAAAGCCUGGGAUCCAGUGCCAGAGCAAAAUAAUUGUGGUGAGCGUUGCUCCUGUCACAAGGUGAGAGACAUACACAGAGUUUUGAUGCUGGCAGUUAAAGGGUCUAAAGAGGAGCUCAGAAUCCUUAUUUUAAUCACUGUCAUUCAACGGAUAUUUUGAUGUAAAAUACAUAUGUACCUAUAUAUAUGUGUGUAUGCAUAUAUACAUAUAUAUAUUCAUAUAUUUGUAACCAAAUAGAAGUUAGAACUAUGCAAACAAUACCGGCUGCUUCUUGAAACUAAAGUCUACCAGAACAUUUUGGAAUAGAGUAGAUUUGGAGUAGAUUUGCAGUGAGGUAUUUUGUUUUGUUUUAUAAACCAGUGAAAUGCAGCAGACCAAAGCUUUGCUGCAGUUAGUCUUACUAGAAAUUUAUGUUAUUCCUAACCUGGAACCCACUCAAGUUGGUUAUAAAAUUACCUGAAGAGUUCCACCAUCUCUAAAAUAUUUCUAUCUGCUGAAAGGCUUUGGCUUGGCAAACAGAAAAACACACAGGCUGGGAAUUAGGAGAGAUUGAAUGUGUUGUUUGGGCUGAUGGAGUCAAAAAGGACUGGGAGCAUUUUCUUUUGGAUGUAGGAUUGAGUUGGUUUCAGGGAAUCUUCCUGCUUGGGAAAAUGUCCAUUGCUGAGAUGGAGGCAGUGAUCAGCGCAUCCCUGGGAUGAAUUUGACGGAGGUAUUGGAAAGCUUCCUGCUGAAUCUGGUGGUACCAGAGUUUAGGCUGCUGGGAGAAAUUCCACAUGAUUUCUGCCAUUUCUUUGUGUCAGAUCCAAUCUUUGCUUUUAGGAUUAACUGCGGUAUAUAUAUAUGUAACUUUCAGUGACCUUUGGCUUUUUAUUCCUGGAACCGUAGGCAAUUCAGGUUUCCCAUAACAUUAUCCUCAUCCCAACUGUGAACAAGUUACUACUGCUUCUUAUAAUUUAUUGUCUUUCUGUUCUUGAAUGUCUGUGUGAUCCAGCUGGUCGCCAGCACCACCUUCCAGUGCUUCAUUAGCUUUUAUGCACAGGGAAUUGUUGCAAUGGGUAAGUUGACCGUGCUAGUUGGAAGAGUAGAAGCCUUUGGAGAAUGACUUUUGCUUCCUCUAGCUGUCAUUAGGGAGUGCACACACACAUACCUGUAUAUACAUAUAUAGAAACAAAUAUAAUGUGUUUCAAUAUAAACUCAUUUAGCAUUAUUCUUAUUUAAUUUAUAUUUUAAUCCAGUUGUAAACCAAAGUAUUACAGCUUGUGAAAUGAUGUCUCUCGGAAAUAGGGGGAACUUUUUUUAGGUGGGAAUUCUGAAAGGUCUUUGGUGACAAAAACAUAGAUAAGAGUAAGACUUAAGGACUUGUGCUGCUGGGGAAUUGCAGCCUUGAAAGGAUUUGAAACUUGCUGGGUAAAGUUGGAUGGUGGGGCCUUCUGAAGGUGUUCUUCGUGGUCUUUACAGGUUUGUUGUAAAACAAAGACGUUCUGGCAAAGCUAGAAAUAAAAGGGGAGAAAACAGCAAAUCAGACUGUGAUCUGGCACAGCUGGGAGCUGGGGAGGAAGCCACAAAACCAGCCACUGAUGUAUUUAGUGUCUAAGUUAAAGUUUUAGGAAAUGAGCCAUUGCUAUUUACUGAUGUCUAGAAGUGGUUGGGGGUUUGUUAAUAACUUCUGUGAAGGUGCAUGUUCUGCUGUCACCAAUGGGAAGAAAUAAUGGGUUCAAAGAUAAGAAAAAUCUUGCUGAUUUUUCUGUGCCAGGGAAUAAUUCCUGAGGAAUUAGCAAGUGCUAAGAACAAAUUCACCUCUAACAUGUCCAGCAGGCUUGGCAGCAGCUCUGCUUCCUCUAGGGAGGAGUAAGACAGCUGAAAUAAGAAGAGAGCUUAUCUCUAGUGGAGUUUCAAAAACUCCAUUGGAAGGAUCUGAAGGGUGGGAAGUGGAGGGUGGGAAGGGCAGUAUCA